UCUCAUGUAUUUUCGUUUCUAUCAAGGUCCAACAAAUAGCUACAAACGUAUGUGAUUGCGUGAAUUUACCACAUUUGUAGUCAUAUAAAUUUAAAUUGUUGUUACCAUGAAUAGUUUGGGCGAUGAUUGCACGGAACUGAAGAAGCAAUACGACGCUUGCUUCAACUCUUGGUUUUCUGAACAUUUCCUUAAAGGUCGCCAUGAUGAUUCGUUGUGUGCACCGAUCUUUAAAAUUUAUCAAGAUUGUGUAAAGCGAGCAAUGCGGGAGCAAAAAAUUGAACUUCGAGAAAUCGAUUCAGAAAUCAAUACCGGCGAAAAGGAGCAACAAAAACCUGACCACACAAAGAGUUGACCGAUAUUGAAUAGUGAUCUCUCCACGACUGCAACGACGAAAUCAUACGAUUCUGGUGGUACUGGCACACCAACCAGUUUGGCUGGUUACGACGAGUAUCCUAUUAAGAAAGGUUCAUACAAAAGGGACAAUUCUGUAUCGUAAUUUGUCGUAUUAUUACAAUAUGUUUGUAUACAAUAAUGUUCAACUUAGCAAUAAUGUACUAUACAUAUGUAUAUCUAAAAAAAUUUAUUCAGUAUCGCAGUAUUCCGCGAUUCAGGUAAAUUAACAAAGCAUAAAACAGUAGCGCUUUAAUAUUGUAUGUAAACACUAAAAUUAAACUUAAGUAUUAAAUAAAGUUAAUUUUCAUUGUAAAUGUUUUGAGAAAAUAAACGUUAUUUAACGUAAA